AUGUCCGGCUUCUCAUCUAUAUAUCAAUACGCAUACUGCCCCGAGUCCCAGAUGGCUCCAGCAAAUCGCCCGGAGGCGGCACCUCCCAGCUCAGCAGUGACUGGCCCACAUCCGUCCUACAUCCAAGUCGCAAAGCCGUACGUUUUCCAGCAGCAACUCCAGGGUCGAUUGGUAGCAAUCGGGGCAAACCCGACGCGCGAGGAUACCUUCCGGCUUCAGGGUGUGCAAUGGAUCAACGAUGUGCGCAUAGCGUUACAGUUACCUGUUCGAACAUUUUGCACGGCUUGUGUAUAUUACCAUAAGUUCCGCCUCGUCCAUAAAGACAACGAGUACCAGUUUUAUGAUGCGGCGGCUGCCGCGUUACUCACGGCAUGCAAAAUUGAAGAUACGUUGAAGAAGUCGAGGGAUAUUCUCUGUGCGGCACAUAACCUCAAGGUUAGCGUUGCUGAGCACCUAAGUCCGGAUGAUAACACAUUCGAAACACCCUCUAAAAUAGUUAUUGGCCUUGAACGUCUUAUGCUUGAGGCUUCAGCGUUCGAUUUCCGCGCCCGAUACCCACACAAACACCUCAUCAAGCUCGCGAAGGAAGCCAAAGUCGAUAGCGAUGUGGCAAAGAUGGCCUACGAUAUUAUGCUCGAUCUCUACAGAACAUUUGCUCCUCUCAAGCAGAGUUGCGCCGCAAUGUCAUUUGCUUGUAUCGAACUCGCCAUCCUACUCCUAGAAAAGCAACUAGAUGCUGUCCGCGGACCACGGGCACCAAGAUACAGAAAGUGGCACACCACGCGAGCAGAGGUUAUCGAGACGGUUCUAGACCUCUUGGAGCACUACACGCAUUUUCAGAAAGCUUCCAUCGUUGGGCCCUCAUAUCCGAUUGAUAAGUUCAUUAACAUCCGAAUCAAGAUCAAUCAAGAAAUGGAACAGGCGGCCCCCUUAAGUCGCUAUACCGAAUUUCACGAAGGGUCGAAAUCUAACGGCGUCAAAUCGAAUAUCAAAACGCCCAAGACACCCAUUACCCCCGCUAGUCCAUCAGAACUUCGUACCAACGGCAGAGACGGUGCCUCCCCAGCAACACUCAGCCCGCGCUCUUCAGGCUCGGGCCGAAAAGGCAUGGGGGCACGUGGCCAAGAUGGCACUGUCCGGUUCAUGCUGGAUGCUGAGAAAGCUAAGCAAGAAAAGGAUACGGUGGCAGAGUACUUCAAGGUCGAAUACGAGGAGUAUGAGGUGGAAGUUGAGGAGCCUAUCAAGAGGGAGGAAAGGGGGAACUAUCGCGACAGAAAUGGGCGUGAUAACGGGUAUUAUAAGAAAGUCCGCAGGUGA